UUUUUUCCUCUCUUUCUCUCUCUUUAAUUUCUUUUCAUAAGCAUAUUCUUUCUCUUUCUAGGGUUUUCACCUGAAAUAGUGCUCUAAUUAAUUUGGACAAUAUGUUAGGAUCUUUUGGUUCAUCAUCAUCUCAAUCUCAUCAUCAUCAUGAUGAUGAACCUACUGAUGAUGAUCAACGGCGGAGAUUCACCGUCACCACUACUACUCUUACUACUACUGCCACUGUUUCACCGGCUAUUCAAAUCCGCCAGCUACUUAUUAGCUGUGCAGAGUUGAUUUCACGGUCCGAUUUCUCAGCCGCAAAAAAACUGCUUACCAUUUUAUCAACUAACUCUUCUCCUUUUGGUGAUUCAACUGAACGGUUAGUCCAUCAGUUUACUCGUGCACUUUCCCUUCGCCUUAACCGCUAUCUAUCGUCAACCAAUCAUUUCUUGACACCAGUAACAAACAUUGUUGAAACUGCUCCAACUGAUUUAUCUUCAUCGCCAUCAUCAGCUUUACUUCAAUCGUCUUACCUUUCUUUAAACCAAGUAACACCUUUUAUCAGGUUUACUCAGCUAACAGCUAAUCAAGCGAUUUUAGAAGCUAUUAACGAUAAUCAACAAGCAAUCCACAUCGUUGAUUUCGAUAUUAAUCAUGGUGUUCAAUGGCCUCCGUUAAUGCAAGCACUUGCUGAUCGUUACCCUGCACCUACUCUUCGGAUCACAGGUACUGGAAAUGACCUAGAUACCCUUCGAAGAACUGGAGAUCGUUUAGCUAAAUUUGCUCACUCAUUAGGGUUGAGAUUUCAAUUCCACCCUCUUUAUAUCACCAAUAAUCGCGAUCAUGAUGAAGACCCUUCGAUUAUUUCCUCUAUUCUUCUUCUUCCUGAUGAAACACUAGCUGUUAACUGUGUUUUCUAUCUCCACCGCCUUUUAAAAGACCGCGAAAAACUAAGGGUUUUCUUGCAUAGGGUUAAAUCCAUGAACCCUAAAAUCGUUACGGUUGCUGAGAGGGAAGCAAAUCAUAACCACCCUUUAUUUUUACCAAGAUUUGUGGAGGCGUUGGAUUAUUAUACAGCUGUGUUUGAUUCAUUAGAAGCAACAUUGCCACCGAGUAGUCGAGAAAGGAUGACAGUUGAACAAGUUUGGUUUGGUCGAGAGAUUCUUGAUAUCGUUGCAACUGAAGGCGAAAAAAGGAAAGAAAGACAUGAAAGAUUUAGAUCAUGGGAACAAAUGUUGAGUAGUUGUGGAUUUAGUAAUGUUGCUUUAAGCCCUUUUGCAUUAUCACAAGCUAAGCUUCUUUUGAGACUUCAUUAUCCUUCAGAAGGUUACCACCUCCGAGUUUUGAGUAAUUCUUUCUUCUUGGGUUGGCAAAAUCAACCACUUUUUUCAAUUUCUUCGUGGCAUUAAGGGGAAAAAGAAAACCCUAAAAACCAUGAUUUUGGAAUGAAGUAAAGUGGUAGUACUCUGCAUGGUGAAGGAGAAUUAAGAGGUAUUCAAAUUUCAGGUUUUCUUUUCUUGUUUUACUUUUUGUGUAUGAGCUGAUUUGGAUGAUGAUGAUGAA